AUGGUUUGCUGUGGUUCCAUGGAAGUGGAAGAUCGAAGAAUAAAGAAACCUUAUUUGGGAGGAUGGAAGCACAAAUUUACCCAAACAGAGUAUUUAAAUGCCGAAUCGCAAACAGACCCACCAAAAAAGCCAGAUAUAGAAAAGUGCAGCAAAGAAGUGCAAUAUAUUUCUUGGUCAGAUGUAUGUACGCAAACACCAUGCGAUCAUCCAACACAAAUGUGGCGAUCAGAUUGUUUUAUAUCGAGUGAAUCGGACAAAUAUAUAACAUCAAAACCCUAUGAAACAUACGAAGAAAUGAUGAAACGAUUGGAUUACGACGGAAAGGCACGAAUUAUCCAAAGGAACUAUAGAGUAUACAAAUUACUGAAGUAUAUCAAAGAAUACGCGAGGCAAUAUCGAGAGUUGGUCAAAGGCUGUAAGUUGUACGAAGCAGAAAAGAUAAUGUUAUACAGGAAGAGGCAUCAACAGGAGAUCCUUCGAAGAAUCAAUCCCAAAACUCGGCUAGAUUUCGAUUUGCUAUAUGAUUUGGUCGAAAAAUGGAGACGCGAUCACCUCGAAUGUGCGAAGCUACGUUUCUUUAGACCCGCGAGAUGCGCAGAAAAUUGUAGAACCUUGGAGAAAACCAUAGAAAUGUUGAACGUAAUCGACGAGAAAAGACAGGCGUUGAGAAAAAGCUACAGGAAGCAGAAACUCGUGAAAUUUGUUACGGUGAAUUGUAAGCCUAUUUUGUGGAAUGGUUACAAGAACAAGCUAUUGAAAAUGGACACGAUGCGAAACCAGAAGGCAAGGGAAUUGAAGAUGAUUUACGAUUCGUUAAUGAAUUAUAAUGUCACUCGCGGGGAACGUAUAGAGAUGCUCACGAUGCUGAAGAAAUCAUUGGCGAUGCACAACUGCGUGUCUGCGUUUCAUCUGAUACGAUUAUUGGACGAGGAGCUGACCUACUUGGCAAGAGAGAUGAAAGGCAUGUCGCUGGGCUACUUCCGGGAAAGGAUAGUUUACAGUUACUUGAAGUUUUUACGGACAUCACACUCGUGCUGUUGCGCGAACAACGAUAGAGACUUUUGUAAGAACGUAGACGAUGAAAAAUUGCGAGAACCGAUUGAACCUAUGACGAAAUUAUGUCACAGUUGUUUGAAAUUGCUUCCUAUUCGUCGAUUCACUACUCACGGAAGGAUGAAAAGGCUAUCUACUUGCGUUGGGUGUACUUGGCUGCGUGAACGAAAUAUCAGACAUGUGAACUACGAUCCUUGCGUAUUUCUAUUAGACUGUGUGCGCCGCGAGGAAAUAAAAAGAAGAUCGCCCUCGGCCAUUGCGUUUAUGAUGCAAAAGCAGGACAUGUACCAUUUGGUGAACAAUAUUUGGCAUGGCCAGUCGGUCGUUAGCGAAAACAGAGAUCUGUUUCUAUUGCGAAUCGUUCGAUACGACGUGAACGAGGAAUGGUCACCGUGGAAUUGCAUGCUUUUGACCGAGGAGGAGGCUGACGUUCAUUGCAGGAUCAAGAAUCUCGCGGACGUAUAUUCGAAGCCACUUAUCGAGAAGAUCCUGUUGUUUCAUCAGUUGGCGAAAAACCAAUUUAAGCAUCUGAGACAGUUCGAGAAGGAGUUUCGAGAAAAGUUUCAUAAAGUUGAGGACAAAGCGAUAUACAAACCAGCGAUCAAAGUGGAUGAUUACCUCUUCACGUGA